CUGCGCAACAAGCAACAUCGCUAUUGCUGUGCUGUUCCUUUCCUUGCCCUUCCUGUUGGCUCUAAGCAAACAUUGCGGGUAAAAGUUAAGUUAGUCGUACGGUCCGGUCUGUUUUUGGUAGAUUUAUCUAUCUAGCGGCUUGUCCGUUCGCGCAAACUGUCGUUUUCACGACAANGACUGUGAGCGUCGGUUGGCCGCGUUUGUGGCUUCUCGACGCCAUAUUGGCAAGGCUCUUUGUCUUGCUGUUCGCCGUGAUUCUGGUUACAGUUCACUGGUAGUGUGAAGUUCUCUGAACCCGGCGGUUCCGGCUCUCUUUGUUGUCCGCGACACGUAUUUUUGUGGUUUCGUAAUCUGAGCAGGUUAAGUCCUUACACCCAUCUACUCAGGGUAAAGUAGGGGGUUAUGUCUCAGAAGACACAACUAGAGGAAGACGUGGAGAUGCUCGAGAGCGGCGGCUCUCCCCCCGGCGGUCCCCCGUGUCCAGUCACUGACGGGGGCUCCUCCCGUGACGGAGAUGAGGGUGAAACUGCUGGUGGCAAGUCAGUUGUUGAUGAAAUUGCGUGCAAGGUGGGGUUAUGUUCCCCUAAAANGAAAAAAAGUGGUAAGAGAGAGUUAGAGGUGGGGGAGGGCUCUCGCCUUGAGGAGAGACUCCUCCUCCCCAAGAGGAAACCUACGGCUCUUUCGGACGUCCAAAGACAGCUGUUGUGUAACAAGUACUUCCCGGGAUCGAGGGGCCCUUUCCUAGUUCACGUGGAAACGUGCAGGUCGGGUGGUUCUUCCCUGGGGGAACAGGAUCUUAACUCACAAACAGGUAAAGGUCAGUCGUCGCUGAGUGUGAUCAAGCUGGGUAGCUGUGCUAACGAAUUUGUGGACCGGUUCAGAAGUGUGUCGGGCUGGAUCACGGAGACUGAAGUAUGGACGGCCCACAUCCCGUCGUUCAAGGUGGUNAAACAGUUUGUUCUUAGGGGAGCUGACGAUGAGGACACGGCCGAGGAUCUUAUUGCCGGCUUGAAGCCUCCCCCCGGGUGGUCGGGUGAGUGGACCCCUCCGUUCGANGCUGUGCGGAUUACCCGCAGGGUUGGAGGUGGUGGCAGUGAGGCCCCGGUGUACGCGGGGGCCGUGAAGGUGUGUAAACAAGGUUCCUCUAGGAAACCUCCAUCCCCCUGGUGGGAUGCUUCGUGUGCUGAGGAGCAUAAAAGGAAAAAGGAAGCUUGCAAACAGUUUCUUGCUCGNCCUAAUAAGGAAAACUUCGACAAUUACAACAGGGUCUCAAAAGAAACUUACAGGUUCUUCAGGAAAAAGAAAAGAGUUGCCUUCCGAAAGUAUUGUGAAUCCCUCCAUGCUAAUUCGGAUGUAGGAUCUGUUUGGAACACUGUCAGGGCGUUUUCUGGUGCUCGUAGUAAGUCUAGGUACACAGGGAAUAGAAACUGCCUCGACCAAGAUGGGUUAUGUCGGGCGAUGGAAAAAAUUGCCCCGUUAAACCCUGUUGCUGCCCCCGGAGGAGUGGACGUAGUGCAGGAGAUGGGNUGUUUGGAGACAGCUGCUGGUGGGUCGUUCAUGGAGAACCCAGUAACCCAAGACGAAUACUCGUCUGCGGUANGGUCCUUAAAGGUGCGCUCGGCUCCUGGCCCAGAUCUAAUAACCAACCUCGUUAUUACCCAGUUACCUCCUGAGAUACAUCGGUACGUUCUCGGCUUUUAUAACUGGAUGUAUUCACAGAAGGUAUAUCCAGAACAAUGGAAACAGUACUUUGUAGUACUGAUCCCGAAGCCCGGUCGUAGUGGAUCGUACAGACCCAUCUCAUUAGCCAACAACUUGCUAAAAGUACUUGAAAAAGUAGUGUGCAGAAGACUCGAGUGGUGGGCUGAAAACAGUAAAGCNUUCUCUCCCCAUCAGUUUGGGUUCAGACGGGGUUUGUCCUGUACAGACAACCUGUCUGUGCUCGUUUCCAAAAUUAAGCUUGCAAAUAACACACGCAGAAUUACAGGCGCGGUUUUUUUAGAUGUUGAGGGCGCGUUUGACAAUGUGGUCCCNGAGAUCCUUUUGACAAUGUUGCCGAAGUUCGGGGUAACCCCCAGGGCUGUUGCCUUUGUAGCGUCCGUAGUUAGUUUUAGGGAUCUGAUGGUGUAUGCCUCGGGGGUUUUUAUCCAGCGUAGAACCACCACUCGUGGACUUCCACAGGGCUCUGUGUUGAGCCCCUUGUUGUUCAAUCUUUAUAUGUCUCGGGUCGAGUGNAGUCUACCACCUGGGAUUGAGUUACUCAUAUAUGCGGACGAUCUGGUAGUUUAUAGCACGGGACAGUCUAUUACCGAGGUGGCGGGCCAACUAAAUGUGGCCUUGUCUAGUGUCCACAGACACUUGUCAUCUCUAGGCCUGAGUNUAUCGCCUAGUAAGUCCGUNGCUACAUUUUAUUCCUUAAAUUCUUUGAGGAAUACUAAGUGGCUAUUGAAAAAACAUAAUGUUAAAAUACAAAUCGGACAGUCACCUGUAAAGGUGGAGUGGAACGUAAAGUUCUUGGGUGUCUAUAUUGACUAUAAGUUAAGUUGGAAAAAACAUGUUGCUGUGACACGUGGCAAGGUCCUUCCUAGGAUAAAUAUCCUAAAGGCAAUUGCAGGCAUAAAGUGGGGUGCGCAUCCUGCAGUGUUAAUGACGGCAUAUAAGGGACUAGUGAGGUCGGUCCUUGAGUGGGGCUGUCAGGUCACCUUCCCUCUCGGUGAACAGGAAAUGCUGGUGCUGAGUAGGUUACAGUAUGCAUGUAUUAGGGUAGCGUGUGGCCUCAUGCGAACUACCCCGACCAAUGUGUUNUUAGACUUGGUGUGUGAACAACCCCUGGUGUAUAGACACAGGUACCUUCUGAGCAAGUAUAUUUGCAGGGCUUUGGCGAGGACCAACCACCCUGUGGGACGGUUGAUCGAGGAGAAUUGUGCGAACUGGACUCCAAUCUGCGAGGGCGUCCAAUUCGGUCUUAUGGAAGUUGGCAAGGAGUUAAUGCCAGUCACUAGGAACGUUGUCAGGUAUACGUUGCCGGGUAGCUUGGCCCUCCCUUUUGGGGUGGGNUAUAGAAGGUGUUGUGUGGAUACUGAGGUAGGGUAUCGAGUACGCGGAUCAAAGAAUCCCCAGGAUGUGUUCUCAGACUAUCUGUCGAAAACUGGUGCUACUAGAGUNUUUUUUACAGACGGCUCUCUGGUCCGCCUGGUGGACGGUGGGUCUCCCGCAGCUGUGGGAUUUGCUGUUGUGUCUGAAAAUCCGGUGCUGGUCCACCAGGAACGAGUCGGCGCUUCGUCUACCAUUUUCGACGCUGAGGCGAUGGGAGUGCUUUGUGCACUGGAAUAUGCGGAAGAUCUUGGUUUCUCGUCAGUAGUGGUAGCCUCUGAUUCGUUGUCUGUGUUACGUUGCCUUGAGUCACCUGACCCGAAGGGGAGUCAUUCCUCUCUUGUACACAAAAUAANGGCGAUAGAUGUGAAGUUAGAAAGAAAAGGAGUUAGAGUUAAGUUUGUCUGGGUACCCGGUCAUGUAGGAAUACACGGUAACGAGCUUGCUGAUUAUCAUGCAAAACAGGCCUUGUCCCUACCUGAACCGGCUGAAAAACAGGAGGUCUCUUCCCUCUUCCCAUCUAUCAAGUCAGAUGUUUUACGGCUGUCUAAAGAGUAUCUCCUUAGUUUGUCACGCCAUAAGGGCGGUCGUUAUUUUAGGUAUGUACCGGAACCGCUGGGCAAACCUUGGUACUCUAGGACUAAGAAAGGAAAGUUCCUCCCAAGACAGUUAAUCACCCUAGUGUCUAGAAUCCGUACACACCACACGGCAGUGAACAGUCACCUGUUUGAGAAAAAUAUAGUUGAUAGUGCUAUGUGCCAGUGCGGCCAACCGGAGCAGAGUGUUGAUCAUGUAUUCUUUCACUGUCCAUGCAAUAAAGAUAGUACGGACAGGUUGCUGAUUGAUUUGUACCACAACGGGUUUAGCCCUCCGUAUAGUGUGGAAAAGGUUGCCUUUUCCAGUAAUUUUAGCGCCAUGUUUGCUUUACUAAAGUUCGUCAAUACAGCCAACAUAAGUGUAUAA